UAAAAAUAAAAAUACCAAGGAUAUCCGUUUGCUGUAUAUUAACUAAAGAAAAACAAUCUAAAUACUAAUAUUAACUGUUGGCAACAUAUAUAUUUAACAUACAGACAACUAUAACUAACAAACCAAAGCAUUAACGAGCUCUUAAAGUCUAGUCAACCAAAAGAAUACCAUUUGGUAGCAGCUGUCAUUUUUAUUUUUUUUUUUAAUCUUCACCUAAAAUUCAAAAUUGUCAUUAAUUUAUUGAAUUAACUAUUCAUUUAAAUUUAUUAAUUACCACUACCAUUAAUUGCAAUUCAUUACUUUAUCUAUUAAUUAAUUAAUUAAUUAAUUUUAAAGAAGGCGGUACUUCUUUAAGUUGGCGUGGCUACUUUUGUAUUCAACCAAUAGCUUAUACUGUUUUAAUACUAAAAAUAUACACAGUAUGAUAUAUAUGUAUAUAUGUAUAUAUGUGGGUGCAAAUGUAUGAAGUAGUAGGAGAAGUUAUAUACUUGUCAUUGAGUCUUAGAAGAUAAUGUUGAGUAAGAAUUGCAAAGAUUAACAUCUCGAUAAUUAUUUAAAAAUUUUUUUGAAUUAAGUAAUCAAUUAAAUAAUUAAUAAAAUUAGUGAUGGAUAAAUUAAAUAAUUUGAAAAUAGAACAACGAUUAAGAAGUCCUAAAUGUGCUAGGUGUAGAAAUCAUGGAAUAAUAUCAAGUCUUAAAGGACAUAAGCGCUCUUGUAGGUGGAAAGAUUGUAACUGCCCUUGUUGUCUGCUUGUUGUUGAGAGACAAAGAGUUAUGGCUGCUCAAGUUGCUUUAAGAAGACAACAACAAAAUCAGGGUAUUAAUGGUAAUUUUUAUUCCACUAACGAUUCGAAACAGACUAUUGUUAGGAAGUUGAAAAAUUUUCGGAGUUUGCAAGUUACUUCGACAAGAAUUGAUUUGCAUAAUUUUUCAAACCAAGAUUUUCGGGAUUCAAUUUUCCGGUUGGCAAAUGAAGAUAAAUAUUUAACAGAUCCAAGUCCAAGUACGUGGACUAGUAACUUGGGUACUCAGCCUGAAAAUAAUGCAUGUAAUGAAUCUAUAACGCAAUUAAUACAAACGACUAAGGUGAAUUAUCAAGAAGAAGAAAUAAAAAGUGAAAAUGAUCCACAACAGCCGCGAUUAUCUUUUAGUGUUGAAUCAAUAAUUGGUACUCGAUGAAUUAUUUA